GUAGGCGAACUGUCCCUCCAAACUACGCAUGCCCAGUAGCGUCACGUCCAAGUCGUUCGUGCACGGAUAUACUUCUCAUUACUUCCAUCCAUAGUACGGUGACGGGUCUCUAGCAGCCUGACAUAGGAGAGAGAGAGCGGCUGGAGGCAGUUAAGGGAGGGGGGCAGCAGCAGUCGAUGCUGGUGACGCAGGAAAAACACCCGACAGCAGACAAUAAACCAAUGACCUGAUCGCAAGACGGCCGUGUUAUUUAUAAUCGAGACAGCCAAGCGUAUGCACACGGCGGAGUAAAUAUUUAACAGCACUUAAAUGAUUAAAUCUGGGGUCGUAUGGAGGAAAGAUCCAGUUUGAUUCUUGGUUAUGCAAUGGUCUCUGCAACAUAUCCAGUCCCCCAGGUGGUGCUUUCACUUUCAGAAGUGUGCCGGUUCUCCGUCGCUCCUGAGGAGACACUGAUUUCUUCCGGUGUACCAGCGACAUAAGCAGACAAGAUUGCAAAGAUCUGCCCCGUGUCGAGUAUGACGGCCACGACCCGUGGCUCCCCUGUGGGAGGGAAUGAUGGUCAGGGCCAGGCUCCGGAUGGCCAGUCCCAGCCUCCCCUGCCCCAGAACCAGACAUCCUCUCCCAACUCAUCCAAUGAGAACUCCCCAGUGAGCCCUCCAGAUGACCAGGGUCAGGGGGACAGUCCCGCUCCCCUGGAGGAGGAGGAGCCAGCUUUUCCCCACACUGAACUGGCCAAGCUGGAUGACAUGAUCAACAGACCUCGUUGGGUUGUUCCAGUUUUGCCAAAGGGCGAAUUAGAAGUUCUUCUUGAAGCUGCUAUAGAUCUUUGUAAAAAAGGUCUUGAUGUCAAGUGUGAAGCAUGCCAGAGGUUUUUCAGAGAUGGCCUGACAAUAUCCUUUACGAAAAUACUGACUGAUGAGGCUGUAAGCGGAUGGAAAUUUGAGAUCCAUGUGAGUCCUGCAACCUGA